GCUGCCUUAGUGCUUUGUCCUUCUAAACGCUGCAUCCCACCGCUCCUCUGUCCCCUUGAUAAAAAACACAAGCCCGCGAGCGGCAAGUUAUCACAAGCUUUCUUCGCUUUUCCCAUCACGACCGAAUUGGAGUUCACAUGUGGGCAAUCGCUGUCAUACUUUUCCCUGAUACUUCAGUGCACCGAACGAUAAUUUUCUUGAGAAAUUCUUGUAGCAACCAUGUUGGUAGUUGAUCAAGCGAGUUCUAGCGCUCCUAGAGUGCAGUUUAGUCAAUUUCUUUCAAAUUGUCUGCUCCUUUGACAGAACUACGUUGUCAGAUUACUGCUUCGGGCUUUUUUCUUUUCUCUGAGGGAGCCGGCUUCCACAGUGGAUUUGAAGCGGCCUUAUGCGUUUUGCAGUGAAUACUUAUUUUGAAGCUUAUGAUUACUGGAGCGAAGAACAAGGUGAGAGAAGGACAUGAGCACACGAAGCUGGAAGAAUUAUAGCAGGAUUGUAGACAGGUGGAAUUUCAGAUGCGCUCGAGUCUUGAUAUUGAAGUAUGGCACUGGUGGAUACAGAUUGAACGCUGUUUUGGAUUCUGGACUCCGCUAUUCUGUGAGCUUUUGAUUGAGACAUAGCUUUGGCACCAGUGCACGAAGCCAAUACCAUUGUCUUCUGUUGUUAUGAGAAGUGACAUCUCCUGUUUUUUAGUUAGUGAAGUGUGCACGUCAGUAAGUUGCACUCACGUCAAAGAGGACUUAACAACUGUCAUACAUUAGAAAAAGAGAUCUGGGAUAAUUUAUUUGAUAGAGCUCAUCAGGAAACGCAUGAUCACGAGCAAAGUGACGCUUUACCUCGGAGAAGGGCACAAGUUCCGCUGCACUUACAUGCUUUGGUAGCUACACUAAUAUAUUGCGCAGGCCUUGGAGAAUCUUCAGCAGUGCUGCGCGUAAUAUUGAUUUUAAACACAUUUUUGUGGAGGCGUUGCAAGGCUUUCAUUCAAUCUUGGAAAGCGCGUGAAGUGAAAACUGCAAGAUCUAUAACCUGCUUUGUUUAUUACUCGGAGCUGGCGACAUUUGUGGAAGGUUAUCACAGGGGCUACAGUAUGUCUGAGAUGGCGAGAAAGAACGCCAGUGACCAGCGUCCAGUUGCAGAUUCGAGCAGCGGGAUUGAACAGUUGAUGAGAUCCUUGGGUGAGGAUGUGAAUUUGUCAAAUUCGAGGAACGAUACGACGAAAACAACCACCAAACUAGCGAACGCUUCCUCCUUGACAGUAUCGCCUCCUCCCCGUGACAGCACCAUUUUCUUUGCGAGCUGUCUAGGUCUCGUCAACUCGCCUCCGCCGUUUGAUAUGUCUCUCUUCAUGCCAUCGCCUACCGCGCCUUGGAUACAUGCCUCUCCCGUAGGCGACACAACUGUACAGUCUGCGCAACAAACAAGCCACGGUCUCAACGUUAACCCGAACACUGUCAGCAACCUCGGAUUGACAAACAAUGUGCAGUCAACACCAUUUGAGGCGUUAUCACCCUCGGAUUCAACUGACUUGCUAGAUGCUUCGCCCGAGUAUCCAUGGUUUCCGAGAGAUUCGAAUGCUUUGAUGUCAAAUUACAAUCCUCUACUCCAGCACUUGAAUCUUUCUCCAGUGGCUACUAUACCUGAGGAGCGUGGUCUACCUUCGUCAAGCUACAACACCGGGAUAUGUAUAGCCGGUUAUCAAACCCUCUCUGAUCCAUUCGAUCUCUCGUCGCUCGCUGUAAGCAAUGAAGAUAAGUCUCCAAAGCGGGGCAGCUCACCAUCGUCUACACGCUUGAACGAUGUCUCUCCGCUGACCAGCACCCCGAAUUCCCCUUUCAGCUCUGAAGACGGGUAUGUGAGCGAUUGUAUAGCUGACGAUUCCGCAGUGGGCGUCAGCCACAAUGGUAGCAUCAUCAAGAGAAAAACGCCCGACCGUGCCUUGAAUGAAAGUGAAGAGAACCAGUUCCCAAGCGAACCUAGCCCUAAAAAGCAAACGACUAACAACCUCAAGAAAGAGAAAGGAGCAAAAUCAAAGAGAGAGAGAAAGCCUAGAUACGCUAUCCAGACGCGCAGCGAUGUGGACAUCAUGGAAGAUGGCUACAAGUGGCGCAAGUAUGGUCAAAAAGCUGUAAAAAAUAGUCCGUAUCCUAGGAGCUACUACCGCUGCACAAACCCGGACUGCCCUGUCAGGAAGCGGGUGGAGCGGAAAGCGGACGACCAUGGACUUGUGGUCACAACCUACGAGGGCACACACAACCAUCUCAGCCAUACUACGGCAGGGUGCUUAUCCAAGAGCUCUGAUACUUCUGCUACGGCGCCCUUUUCUGAUCAGGAUCCUGGAACUGGUGUUGCAAACUUCUCAUUGCAACCCCUCUCCCGGGAGCGGAGUGAAUUUGACUUAUCCAUUCAGCUAAUAGGGCAGCAAGGCAAUCAAGCUUGCCAUGAUUUCGCGACAACAGGAACAUCAGCGAGCUCAUCACUAUCCGCAACACAGGGGAUGACAAUGCUUUACAGUUUGUCGAGGAAUCCUAACAUGCUCAGCGAAGCUCUGAAAGAGAAUCCUUUGCUCGGAAAUGACCAAUUUAACAACGACCGUUUAUCGGAGUUACAAGGUACAAUGCUAGGGUCCAUGGCCUUUCCUGAUCCUCAGCUUGGCAGGGCACAUGAAAUUCAGAUGAUAUUAGGACAUGAUCUGCUCCCAAACUCCUAUCAAGGUUUACUAGAUGAUAUUCUUCGCCAGAGUAAUGGCCUGCACCGCCACUUGUAACUUAGUUUUGCAUCAACCGCUAUUAUCGAAGCUAAUUUAAUUGGGUCCGAUAUUGUCAUUGGAAAUUAGAGGACCCAGCCCAGCACGCAAGAGAGACAUCCACAUUCAUGGAGGACAUAGAGUAACCUGUUGUAGGGAAUUUUCAUUGAUCGUUGUGACCACCCGGAAAGUUACAAUCAAAGCUCUUUGCGGACGUGGAAGCCUAGUGGAUAGAUCCAUCGCAACCACAACCACAUAGAAGGGGAGUCUUAAGUGGCGUGAGGCAUGCGGCGCUAGCCGUGAAUGACCAACACAAAGUCGUGAAAUCAACAACGGCUUUCGGUUGUGCUGGAAGUUUCAAGCUUUCCACAUCACACUGGAGAUGCUCGAUCUACGCCCCGAGUCUGGGAUAUCUAGGAACCAAGACCAUAUUAACUAAUGAUCAAUCAAGGUUGCAGAGGUAAGGUUCCACUACGAACCGUCCAGGAGCUGAUUUAUUGGUAGGGUUUUGAUCAGGAAUCCGCAGCAGCAUUAUUGUCUCACAUUGUACACAUGUAUUGCACCAGUUUUGUAAAGAAAUUGUUCAUUCUUGCCCUUUGGGGUAGCCUCUUUUUAUCA